UAAAACAGAAAAUGCUUUAAAAUGGCGUUAGAUUCAAUUACUGGCGUCGUUUAACGAGCAAAUAGCUAAGGUAGGCCUGGUCCAACAGAGAGAAUGGCUGCAAAUCCAGCAGCAACGCCUCCAAACCUCCCCAAAUCUGGAGCCAUCUCCAAAGGCUACAACUUUGCUUCUACUUGGGAACAGAAUGCGCCUUUGACGGAGCAGCAGCAAGGGGCAAUACUGAUGCUAUCUCAUGCAGUUGCGGAAAGGCCGUUUCCGUCCAAUUUGGCUCAAGAGCGAACCUCAGGGCAAGAUACUGGCUUGUCUGUUUCUACAAAGGAUAAGAAUUUCGGAGAUUCUGAAGCUAUUGAAGCAAUUUUGGUUAAUACAAAUCAGUUUUAUAAAUGGUUCACAGAUCUUGAAUUGGCCAUGAGGUCGGAGACAGAAGAGAAGUAUCAGCACUAUGUGAAUACUCUAACAGACCAGAUACGGACUUGUGAUGAUAUACUUCGACAAGUGGAUGAGACCUUAGACCUAUUUAAUGAACUACAACUACAACACCAAGCAGUUGCAACAAAAACUAAAACUCUUCAUGAUGCAUGUGAUCGAUUGGUAAUGGAGAAGCAAAGGCUGAUUGAGUUUGCUGAAGCACUUCGCAGUAAGCUCCAGUAUUUUGAUGAGUUGGAGAAUAUUACUUCUAACUUUUAUUCUCCAAACAUGAACGUUGGAAAUGCAAACUUUCUCCCACUUCUUAAACGGCUUGAUGAGUGCAUAACGUAUGUUGCAAAUAAUCCACAAUAUGCAGAAUCCAGUGUUUAUUUGCUAAAAUUCCGUCAACUCCAGUCUCGGGCCCUGGGUAUGAUUCGCUCCCAUGUACUUUCUGUUCUCAAAAGCGCUUCUUCUCAGGUUGGGGCAGCAAUUAGGAGCAGUGGUGGCAACAAAGCAUCUCUUUCUGAGGGUGUUGAGGCAUCUGUAAUUUAUGUCCGUUUUGAGGCAGCUGCUAGUGAGCUUAAGCCGGUAUUGGAGGAAAUUGAAGGCAGAGCAUCAAGGAAAGAAUAUGUUCAUAUUCUUGCAGAAUGCCAUAAAUUGUACUGUGAACAGAGGCUUUCUUUGAUAAAAGGCAUAGUGCAUCAGCGAAUAUCUGAAUUUGCAAAGAAAGAGGGUUUGCCAUCGUUGACUAGGUCAGGAUGUGCUUACCUAAUGCAGGUAUGUCAACUUGAGCAUCAACUCUUUGAUCAUUUUUUCCCAUCUUCUUCAGAGGAUGUUUCAAGUUUGGCAUCAUUAAUAGAUCCUUUGUCUACAUACUUGUAUGACACAUUGCGGCCAAAACUCAUUUAUGAAACAAAUGUUGAUUUUCUUUGUGAGCUGGUUGAUAUCCUCAAAGUUGAAGUCUUGGGAGAACAGCUCAGUAGAAGGAGUGAGUCAUUGGCUGGGUUACGCCCUACAUUGGAAAGAAUUUUGGCAGACAUCCAUGAACGCUUGACUUUUCGUGCUCGAACACAUAUCCGUGAUGAGAUUGCAAAUUAUAUCCCAUUUGAUGAAGACUUGGAUUACCCUGCAAAACUGGAGCAUUCUGCAGAUGUGAAGUCAGAAAAUGCUUCUGCUGAUGCAAACCCAGAUGUAUUCAAAACUUGGUAUCCACCAUUGGAGAAAACCAUAUCUAUUCUUUCAAAAUUGUAUCGUUGUUUGGAACCAGCAGUCUUCACUGGCUUGGCACAGGAAGCUGUGGAAGUUUGUUCUGUCUCAAUCCAAAAAGCAAGCAAACUAAUUGCAAAGAGAUCAACACAAAUGGAUGGGCAGCUCUUCCUUAUAAAGCAUCUUCUGAUAUUAAGGGAACAGAUAGCACCAUUUGACAUAGAAUUCUCCGUCACAUACAAAGAACUUGAUUUCUCUCAUUUGCUGGAGCACCUAAGACGAAUACUUAGAGGUCAGGCCUCCUUAUUUGACUGGUCCAGAUCAACAUCAUUAGCGAGGACCUUAUCUCCCCGUGUUUUGGAAAGUCAAGUAGAUGCCAAGAAGGAACUGGAGAAAAGCUUAAAAGCAACUUGUGAGGAAUUUAUUAUGGCAGUCACUAAGCAAAUUGUGGAUCCUAUGCUUUCAUUUGUUACCAAGGUAACUGCUGUAAAAGUUGCACUAUCUUCUGGUACUAAGAAUCAAAUAGUUGACUCAGUUAUGGCCAAGCCACUCAAGGAACAAGCCUUUGCUAAACCAGAAAUGGUGGCUGAACUUGUCCAGAAGGUAAAUUCAGCUAUUCAGCAAGAACUUCCGGUGGUGAUAGCAAAGAUGAAACUUUAUUUACAGAACCCAUCGACAAGAACAAUUCUUUUCAAACCAAUUAAGACAAAUAUUGUGGAAGCUCAUAUCCAAGUUCACUCCCUUUUAAAAGCAGAGUAUUCUCCAGAGGAAAAAAACACCAUCAACAUGGUGGGCAUACAAGAACUGGAAGCACAGCUCGACAAUCUCCUGUAGUGAGGUAGCGAAGCUCAUUCGAUUUUCUUUUUUUUGCUCAGCUCAAAUUCUUCUGUAAUUUUUGGCUAUACAUACAGUGGUUUAGUCUGUUCAUAAGUUUGUAUUGAUAGAUAAGUAGAAAAGCUAAGUCCAUAUCUUUUUUUUCCCUGCCCUAAGAGCAUAAAUUUCGUUUCCUACUGUCUUCGCAACGAUUGUUGAUCAUAUCUUUCAUUAAUAAGUUUAUAUUUUUGCUUGUCUAUCUGAUUUGUCGAUGCUUUAAUCAUGAACGGUUAGCAUUCUCCUUUGAAACUAGUAAGAAAACCAGAGGUGGCCCCAAGUUAGAUUUAUCAAUAUCCAUGGGUUCCAAAUGCAUGGUUGUCUUCUUGAUGGAAAAUGCUUUGAUUCGAUGAUGAUAAGGGGAGGUUUCACACUUUUAUAUGUUGCUUGUUCAGAGAGAAUCGUGCUGAUAUAGUUAAGUCAUUUAAGGAGGUCAAGUCAUCCAGCCAAAUUGCAGACUCCAGCUUGGUAAACGUGUUUAACCACCGAAUACAACAAUAUUACUGGUUGAUUACGUUCCUAUAAGUGGAGCUUAAAUCAUCUCCCCACACUACCCCAAGACAAGCCCAAGAACAUGAAUCUACAUUGGGUCCUAAAGCUAACAUUUUCUGUUUUUCUUGGUCUGUUACCCUUCGGCCUCCAGCAAUGACACUCGUUUGCCAGUCCAGUCUAAACCUAGUCCAAAUCUGACAUGUUGUUUCUGUUUCCUCCGACACUCUCAGUUCAAGCCCAACUUAGUCCAUUCCUAUGUUACAAGCAGCUUCGAUUUGUCCAACAACUAGGAAAGUUUCAAAACAUGAACAAUCUCUUCUUGGAAGGGCUGGCCGCCAUCACCUGAUCAUUUGCACCCAAUGGUCAAUUAUUCCACCCCACGGUUUACU